AUUUAGACAGUGUCAGGUUGUUGUUUAUACAAAUAUUUCCAAUUGUUUAAAUUUGAUGAGCAGAAGAUUUGGAAGAAAGUAUUUGCAAUGAGUGGCAACGCACAUGGACUCAGUUGGUUUCCCAAUAUUCCAGAUAAAUUCGUAACGUGGGGUCAAGACAUUAAUUUGUAUGAAGUGCGCAAUAAGACCGACACUGAUGUUAAACCUCGUUUGCCGAAUAUAUCGGCGAAUUUUGUAGCCAUAGAGAAUCGUUAUCAGUACGCCAGAUGUGUUCAACCUUCGUACCACAAGCACCGACCAAUUAUUGCCGUUGGCUUGGGUGAUGGAAAAAUUGGCAUUUGUAAAUUUCACGACAUGGUCGACAACAGUUGGGAGUACACACCUCGCCAACAACGAAUGUGUUUAUGUUUGGCUUGGAAUGAGACAGACCCAAAUAUUUUGGCUAUUGGUCAUGAUCGAUAUAAAUCAGAUUCCUGUAUAACUAUUUGGGAUAUUGAAAGGGGUCUACCGAAGGAAAGCAGUUCAAAUUUCUUUGGACUCUCUGAAUCGGCCCAUUCACUAUGCUGGAACAAAAAUCAUCGUGUUCUCAUUGCAGGGAUGAAUCAGAAACAAAUCAAACUGUACGAUUUGCGACAAAACACUUCUACACUGCAGACUAUACAAACAAAAACUGUGUAUGGUUUGGGUGUAGCACCGAAUGGCAAUUAUCUUUCCAGUUUCUUUGAUUCCGUUAUAAUGCUGUGGGAUUUGCGAUCCCUCGAUCGGCCAUUAAAACAAAUACAGUCGGCUAAAAAUCAUCUGCAACUGAGUUGGUGCCCGACCCGAUCAAGUUUGUUGUCGUCAUUGCAACGUGAAUCUCCCUAUAUCACACUCUAUGAUAUAAGAUGCGUUGAUGUGGAAAACAGUCGGGAAGUUUAUAGUGUCAAGAAACAAUUGUUGCCAUUUCACACCAAAUAUCAUGCAUCAUAUAAAGGAUAUUCGUUGACGGCACUCUCUUGGCACAAUAGUGAUUUCGAAAGAGCACUUCUGCUGUCGGAAACUGGCAGUAUUAUGGAUUUUCGUCUGCCGUUGUCCAUUCUAACAGCCUACAGUAACCACAAAAAGCUGCCACUUUUACUGCAAAGGCCUUUGUCGGCACCCAGUUCACCAGCACACAGCAGCAGUCAAACCACCAGUCAGUCCAGUACGCCGGAAUUUGCUAGCGUCGGUUCGUCAUUAAACUUUCAUGUGUUCGAUCAUAAUAUGCUCGAGGAGGAUUUAGUAGAUGAAACUCGAGAGCGUGCCCUUAGUGAUUACGGUCUAAAGAUGGAUGGUAAACGCUUGAGUGGAGAAUUUCAUUUGUCCCCAUAUUUGAAGAAUGUUUGGUUAAGUUUGGCCAAUUUGUAUCGGGCUGAGGAAAAAUUAAUUGGUUUAAAAACGAUUUUGGGUUUUGGUCUGGGUCAUACUUCGCAAGCUUUUAUGAACAUUUCGCGUAUUGAAUCCCAUGUUCUACAAUGGCCAGAAUUUAUAAAUAAUUCCAACAACUUGGUAUGCUACAGAAGUGACCAACGUGAUACAGCUUUGAAACUAUGUGGCUGGCCUUUUGAGCAGGAAUUGGAACGUUUUGUAAACAAUUUGUGUGAAAAUAAGGAAUUUAGCCGUGCUGCCAUGAUUUAUGUCUUCCAUUUGAAAAUUCUAUCAGCUUGUGAUAUAUUAUCCAAGGCUGUUGAUCAGUCACGCGAUCCCAGCAUGUUUCGUAUAGCUGCCAUUGCAUUGUCCAGUUUCAAUGCAGAUCGAACUAGUUCAGCUUGGCGCAACCAGCGUUCCAGUGCCAACACUCAAAUACAAGAUGCCCAUUUAAGAGCCAUAUUUUCUUUUCUCAUAGCGGACAAUGAAAAUUUCGAUGCCGUAUUGAUGGAAGAGGGAGUUUCUUUGGCUGAUCGCAUGGCAUUUGCUUGCAAAUAUCUUUCUGAAUCGAAACUUUCAGACUAUAUAAAGGUUCAAAUCCAGAAAUCGGUUGAGAAAGGAGACUUGAAUGGUCUAUUGCUGACUGGAGAAUCACAAGAUGGCAUUAACAUAUUGCAGGCUCAUAUGGAUUCAACGGGAGAUAUACAGACUGUUGCAUUAAUAGCCAUUAACUAUUUCCAUCGUGAAUAUUUUAACGAUACAUUUGUACAAUAUUGGAUAUCAAGCUACAUGGAUUGCCUUAACUCUUGGGGGUUUUGGGAAAAACGUGCUGAAUUGGAAAUAAAAAUAGUAAAUCUUCGCUCGACCAGUCGCACUGCACGCACCGUAUAUUUGUCGUGUAAUUUUUGCGGUAAAUCGGUAUCGAAUGCUUUACAAGAAGAUGCACGCAUUCGUAAUGUAUCCUCGAAUGUUAACAAACUUUCAUCAUGCCCUAGUUGUCGAAAACCACUGCCUCGGUGUUCAUUAUGUUUAUUGCACAUGGGCACCACUCUAAAUGCAGGUCUUUCAGCAGACGGUGGUCCCGAGAGUAUUGGUUGGCAGUCAAAACCAUUUUCGAAAUGGUUUUCUUGGUGUCAAACAUGUCGCCAUGGUGGUCACACCGAGCAUUUAAUGCAAUGGUUUAAGGAAAAUUCUGAGUGUCCUGUUUCCUCCUGUUCAUGUCGAUGUUUCGAUAUGGAUGUUACUAAUCCUGAAGCUACACGUGAUCUUUCGUAGUUAAAAUUCGUUUUCAGCUUUAUAUUUUAUGGCAUCAUUUUUAUUCAAAGACUUUUAAAUACAUUGUAAGAAGACCCCUUGUUUUCCUUUUUAUACGGCAAUAAAGUUUUCCAAAUGCGAUUGCUUCAAUUGUAUUUAUGUGUACCACA